ACCUUUUCGCCACCCGACGAGCGCCGAGGCGCGGACGAUGGAAGCGACGUACGGCCACGAGCGCAUGGAGGCCUUCCGCGAGGAAGGGGACGUCCCCAUGCACAUGAACCACUGCUUCCUCCUCGACGCAGGUCGACGCCCGCGCAUGCUCCUCGCCAUGGCCGGCGCCGAGGGGGGUUCAAGCCGCUGCGUCGAAAUGGACCUGGACGCGUCGCGAUGGGAGCGCUGCGCGGCCGUGACCUGCAUCUCGACGAUCGUACAUGGGUCCAUGGAGCUUGAGCUGCGAGGGUUGCUCGACGGGUCGGUGCAGCUCGCCCGCGUCGGCGACGACGAACAGUGCACGGUGCUCCUCACCUACCCGAUCGCCAAGGACGACGCCAUUACGCAAGCGCAGAUGGCCGUGCGCGAUGGGACGCUCCUCGACAUAUUCGUGCUAUUACGCAGCGGAAAGCUCAUCGCAGUCGAGGACGUCGACUUGAACGACCUCGCUAUGGACCCGCCGCCGGCCCUCCCGACGCUCUUCCAGAAGGUCCGACUGCGUAUGGCUGCCGUGGGCGCUCAGACUCAUGCACAGCAUUCGUCUAUGAUGCAACUGGCGCGCAACCCCACCGGGUCCACGACGGUGUUUGUCGCCAACCACGGCCUUGCCGCCGUCUCCCGGUGGACGUCGGGACUCGUCCCAUCGCCCGGCGACCCCAACAAGGUUUCGCACUCGUUCAUCCGCGAUGGCAGCGUGACGGCGGCGUCGACUACCGGGCCGGUUCUGCACUUACACCUGAGCGACGACGCGCAGCUCCUCGUGGCCGUAUCGUCCUCUUGUAUUACUUGGUGGGACGCAACGACGCUGACCUUUCUGCACGAGAUGCCCGUCGAGCGCGUCGUCGCUGCCUACGCGCUCUCUCAUUGGAGCCUCGCCGUCGCCUGCGAGACAGAUACGGUGACCGUGACGGUGCAGGUCGUCUCGCUGCAGUACCGAGGGCUCUGGCGCUCAACUGGCGACGUGACGAGCUGCACGUCGUUUGCGUUUCCUGGUCAACGCAACAGCGUGCUUGUCCCGUGCGGUCCGGACCUUCUCUUGAUCGGGAUGACGAGCGAGAAUGUCAUCGAAACCUACCGCGUCUUUCAGCAGCAAGCGUCGCUCGCACCCUUGGGCGUCUCGCUGCUCCAGCAACUCUGUGACGACAUGCAAGCCCCGACGCACGGCGUGUCGAAAGAGGCCUUCCAGCUCGCGAUCUGGACGCACGUGCAGGCAUCACCCGAGGCGGUUGGCGCCAUUUUGGAGCUCACGUUUCCGCGCAGCGAAGACAUGGACACGCUCUUGGACGCGCUCGAGAGCUGGGCGUACGACGAGCAGGACGGACUCGCCGACGCCGCGCUCCUCGCGCGCAUUGCGAGCGUCCAGUACAAGUGGACGACGUUCCAGCUGUUGUGCGCGCCGGACGUGGCCCCGAUCACGCUCGAUGCGUGGCUUUCGUUCCGAUCGGCGCCGCUCGAAGACGUUCUGCGACUGCUUCUUACACAAGGCGCCUUGUCGCGGCUUCAAGUGCUCUGGCGUCGCCACGUCAGCGCCGACUUGGUGCGCGCCUUCACGCUCGAGCUCCUCCCGAGCGACGUGUCGGCCCACACUGUGCGGUCAUGGAUCCUCGACGACGUCCUCCCGGCGUUUGAAGAAUAUCGCGUUUCGCUUCACGACCUGACGACCGCAAUCGUGCAGCGCGCGACGGCCUUGGCGGACGAAGGCGACGUCGACGAAGCGCGGGCGUGGACCGAGCUAUUGCGGCCGCAGUGCAUUCCGAAAGACCGUCUUUGGCGGUACCCGCCCCGCCAUGGCGACGGUCACGAGUCGCCCCACGACGACCUCCGCGCACUUGACGUGCAGCUCCAGCAGCUUGCGUACCUCGACGAGGUCCAUGGGUUUCAUCUCUCGCUUCGAGCCUUCCAGAUGGCGAGCAUGGCGGGCAUAGCUAUGAGCAUGCUGGACCGCGUCCUUGUGCCCGACCUCAUGGCGUCGGAGCUCGCUUGCCACGUGCAGCCGCUCCUCGCCUUGUGCGACACCGUCUCCCUCGACGACGUGUUGACCGAGUACAUUGCAGAGAAGGCAACGAGCAGCCAGCUGCUGCAAACGACCGAAGCGCACCGGUGCCGCGUGCUCAUCCCGCGCAUCGAGAGCGUCGAAAAGCGUGCGGGGGCAGCUUUGUCGUUUCUGCAGGCCGUCCGCGCGCCGUACGACGCCGCGAUUGUGGCUCUGGCGCACGAGGCAAGCGUGUGGCCGAGCCUCUGCCGCGUCGAGCUCCAAGCGCAGCUGCGCGUCAUGGAGCUCCAGGACAUGUGCGUCGCGUACGGUCUUCGCCCGUUCCUCGCCACGGACGCGCUCUUUGCGUCGCGCUUUUGCCGGUACAUUUGCGGCCAAAUCGACCGGCAUUCCGCACUCGAGGACGCGCUGCAGCUCGCCCGCGCCUUUCGGCACCUCCACGAGCACCGCAUCGUCGUGCAAUUUUCUCAGAACGUUCUCGCGUCGACGUGGUCGGACGACCGACAAGGCCGACUCGUUGCCGCACUCAAGGCGCUCGCGACGCCGAUGCGAUGGUCCGCGGCCGUCGAGGUCGUCCAGUUUGGGCUCUUGCGGCUCGAGACGCACGAGCGCACCUGCGAGAAGGACGGACUCGGACACACGCUCAGCUAUGUGCUCGGUCUCGUGUCGGCCGUCCUCACGCAGUACGACGCUGCGAAAGACGGCCCCCACGCGCUCUUGGAGCGAACGAUUACGCUACCGCUUCGGCGCGACCUCAUGAAAAUGGCGGCGCUCUACAAGGAGUUUGGCAUUGCGCUCUCGCUGCGCACGUACCAGCGCGACGGCAGCCACACGGAGCUCCUCGAGUCGCAGCUGCAGCCGUGGGUCAAGUCGCUGACGCAGCCGACGCCGUCGCUCAAGCGCAAGCGCGUGACGCAGAUCGUGGCAGUCGCUCAACCGCCCGCAGCGUCUGCGGAGGCGCUCGCGGCCGUGAACACAACGCAGCGCCUGAGCUCGCUCUUGGGCCACACGCCCGACCAAUUUCGGUCCUUCCUCGCGCUUCUCGCCGCCAAGGCCGGCAACACGGACCAGGCGCUACGAUUCGCGCGGCGGUCCCACCCCGAGCAGCUCAAAGACAUUGCGGUGGCGCUGCUGCACCACCUAGUGGCGGUCAAGCGAUCGGUGCAGCACGCGCCAAACAUCAACCUCGCGGUUGAGCUCUUGACGUUGGCCGUGCUGCAAAACCCGCGCGUCAUCACAGCAUGGCCGCUCCUCAAGCUCGCGUCGCUUCUCCAGCACGUAUACAGCUUUACGGACGACCAGACGCGGCAGCGGGACGCAAUCUUCGAAGCGUUGCAGUCGUGGCGGGUGUACGACGAGUGGUACCGUGGGUCGUCCGUCGUGUUGGCGCCCAGUGUGCUCCCGCUCGCAGUGCAGUACGUGAUGGCGCUCUGGAUGCACGACGGCGACGAAGACCGGCUCGUGAUGGCGUCGACGCCGCUCCUCUCGCACCUUGUCGACGCGCAGGCACAUCCGCUGGCGAUCAAAGCGCUGCUCCACAUGCCGACAGUCCCGCAGGACGCACGCUCGGUGCUUGGUCGCCAGCUCGAUCACAUGCUCUCGGUCAUCAUGCAUGCGCCGCGCAUCGAUCGAGACUUGGCUCUCGGAUACCUCUUGAGCAUGGAGCAGCAGUCGGCGUACACGGCGUUCAAGAAGCAGAUUGUGCGGGAGAAUGUCUACAAGGACUUUGCGCGGCUCCAGCAGUUGGCUCGCAUUGGGUCGGACGCGGCGCGUAAUUGGCAGCAAAUCGCCUUUUUGAACCAGUGCAACGAGCUCGAGAGCAACGCCAAGUGGUGGCACCACCUCAACCUCCUCGGCAUCGCCUGCGAGCACAAGGCCUUCCAGAGCGAACGGCGGGAUGUUACAGUGCUGCAGGCCAUUGUACCGCAGCUGCUGCAAGCCACGUCGCUCGAUCUCUACUGCGUCCUUGAGUUUACGCGCCAGUACAACAUUCCCGACAGCUACCCGUGCCUUCUCUUUGUCAAGGCCCUCCUCUUGGACACAAGCAGCACCGACUACGCCAGUCGCAUUGUCGGUGUCCUCGAGGACAUUCACCAGCACGAGCUACUGCAACUGCUUGUUUCGGUGCUCGGCAACCUUCCGACGCGGGACUAUGCGCGCCUGCGGUUCGUGCUCGAACUCCUCCAGCAGUCCAACUUUGGCGAGCAAGACGAAAUCGCCAACCGACUCCAAGUUCUGAGCUUUCUCGAGUCGUUCCAGCCGCCGCUGCCAUUCCACGAACUGCUCCAUGAUCCGUGGGCAGUUCUUGAGCCGGAACUGUCGUCGGCGUCCGUGGUGCAACUCGUAUCGCUCUCGGGGCCGCUCGACCUCGAUCCGGAUGAGAUGUACAUGCGUCUCAUCAAGAAGCUGGUGCUUCAGCACACGACCGAGCAGUCGUUGACGCUACCCUUUGCGUCUUUUACCGAGAUCCUGCAGCAUCUCAGCAGCCUGCAGCACAAGGUGACGACGACGGAAUGGCUCUCAGAAAAGUACAAGCCGCCGUUCCAAGAGCACACGGUCGCAGCGCUUAAAUUUGCUCUGCUGCUGACGCAGGCGCCGCCACACGCGCAGCAAGGAGACGAGGCCAAGCUCGCAUUCGUAGGCUCCGAGGCCACGACGCGGCUGCAGCUCAAGCUACUUCGCAUCCAAACUGACCAGUGCUGGCUUGCGGCUGCGAACCACUUUGCAGAAGAUGCAGCGCCGACGCCGUGUCCGUCGUACACCUCACCCGCUGACGUCAUUGGGCACCUCUACGAGACCUUCGGCCACCUUGCGCACAAGCAAAUGAGCCCACUCGUGAACGCCAUGGCGGCGCAAGUCGCGCGACUGCACCGCCAGUCGAUCAGCAGCAUCCGGAAGGACUGGAUGCUCCGGCGUCUACAGCAGUGCGCACCUCCUUCCAACGACGCGCCUGGUCUCUGGGCUGCGUUUAGCGCUGGCGAUGACCCCAACGAGACGGCACUUGUCGACCGCCUCGUCUACGCAUGCGCCGACGAGCCGCUGGCCGCAACGGGCGCGGCAUUAUGGGCGUAUGCGUCGAAUCCGGCGCCGCGGUCUGGCGUCACGUACCGCGCCAAGCACCGUGCGCUGCAGCUGCUCGUGCAGCUCCUUCGGACGCUCGAUGCCAGUGUCGAGAGCGUCCUAUCUGGCGUGACGCACGCAGAGCUGCUCGCAAUGCGCCAGCACUGUUGUCACUUGGCGCGCUUUGAGGCGCUGCAGUUUCCCCAAGCGUUUGGCCACUUUGUGCAGUGCGACAAGGCGGCGCUCGUGCGCGGACUCUGGCGCGAACACCACACGAAGCGCGACGUCGUCGACCUUCUCGCGACGCUCAUGCUCGCGUAUACGAUCCACGACGCAUCGCUCUGGCAGCGCAUUUUAUCACAAAUGACGGCGCUCGAGAUGUUUCCGUCGCUCUUCCAGCUGCUCCGACCCCUCAGCCGUCUUCCGGUUCUUCAGGCGUCGUCCAUGGACAUGGUGGCGCUCUACAACCGCGUGCUGCUCUGGCCGCUGCAGCAACUGGCGACAGCCUCGCACUUGGACGACGCCGACGUACCGCGCGUUCAGCACGUGCUAUCGAGCAUCGUUUUGAGUCUGCAGCAGUGCCCGUUCUUGGAGCGUCUCGACCUUCGAGGUCUCGUCGAUGCGCUCGACGGGCUGACGUACAUGCAACUGCCACUGUCAAUUCACGACGUGGCCGUCGAGUGCGCGCUUACCGUGCCGCAGCAGCAAGCGCGGUUGGCGAUGCUCGAAAUGCUCGUGGCGCGCGAUGCCAGCUACCUCGUAGCGCUCCUCCGCGUGCUCUUUCGACUGCCGCUGGACCGUCUCGAGGCCGGCCAUCGACGCUGCCUCUCGUGGGUCGCCGACCGCAUUGUCGAGCGCCAAUGCACCCGCGACGUCCUUGGUCAAUCAGAGAUUGCGCCGUCGUACUGCGAGUUUGUCGCGUCGUCGUCGUCACCUUCGCCAGCGCUCGACUACGUUGUCGCUCAGCUGCUCGAAGAGAACCGCAUGGGCGAUGCCAACCACGUCGUGGAGCUGCAUUUGCAGGCGCGAGCGUCGCCGAUUGAGACGGGUCUGGCACUAGAAGUCUACUUGGCCGAGACCACAUCGCCGCUGCUGCUCGGCUUUCGCAGCGACCUGCUGCCCUAGCUACGCGAAAUAUUGCUCGAAAUCGGUUCGCGUUGCACUCGACUGAGAAUCGUACUGUUAUACACGCGGUAGUAGACGGUUGCACUCUUGUAGUUGGAGGCAAAAAUCGUGGAUUUUCGAAUCGUUGAUGGACGUUGCAAGUCCAUUUUCAACGAUAUCGUGGGACUUGUCUCAGAAUCAUUCC